AUUUAAUUUAAUUGAACCGGUGGUGGCGGUGGCGGUGGUGGCCACCCCAAAACCACUGUCUGGAGCAUGAGAGCAUUUCAUUGGCCAUUAUGCAAACGGUUUCGUGACAAAUCAUUCUUUCAAUAAAGCGCCAGUUCGCUGAUUGAAGAUUUAUCGACGGAAAACGAGCGCCAUUCUACUGUAAAACGUGGUUGUUGCGGUUAAAGCAAUUCAAGCGCACGAUUCCCUUGCUAAGAGGCUGCUAUCUUAUCUGACCGACCGACAGUUUAACGAACCGCACAAUUUGCCGUAUACCCCGUCGGUUGCAAACAGAUAACGGCCGCGAUGCAUCCCGCUGGUUCGAGAGAUUCGUGAGGAGAAUGCAAACAACCGUUCGGUCGUGUCGCAGCAUCGUUAGUUAGAAUAGCCUUCACCGUCGCUGUACGCCGUUACAUAACAUCUCGUACGAUGAGUAUCUCCGAGGAACCGGCGGCGUCAAGCUUGCGGGACAAGUUGUCCCAAAUUUUCCAUUCUACGAGUGGUGAAGAAGGAUCAUCAUCAACUCGUUCGGUUUUCUACUCCAUUGAAAUCGCGGCAAAAGAUGACUUCAACAUCGAUCAGCUACGGCGCCUCACUCCACCGCCCGUCUUCUGUUCCAUGCCCUGGAUCUCCGACGAAAAUCUGCGCUACGAGGCUGACUUUGCGCAGAUGCCUUCGCUACGCCUGGCCGAUCAGCUUCGCCGGAAGCAGUUCACCGUGGUGAACCAUCUAUCGUGCUACAAUCUCACGGAGGUGCAGGUGGAUAAGCUACUCUCGAGUCAACCCCCUAUCCGUAACAUGUUUAUCGUACGCGGUGAUACCGUUAACCCGGACCAACGGUUCCAACACUCGGCCCAGCUGGUGCAGCAUCUGCGACGGUACGAAUCAACAAGGACACCUAAACUAACGAUCGGUGUCGGUGGAUACCCGGGUGGCCAUGUGGAAUCGCCAUCACAAGAGGACGAACUACGGCAUCUCGCGGACAAAGUUGCCCUGGGGGCGGACUUUCUGCUCACGCAAACACUCUACGAUGCGGCCUCGUUCUUUCGGUAUCGUGAUCGGUGCCGAGCGGCCGGCAUUACGAUCCCGAUCAUCCCGGGUAUCUAUUUGCCCCACUCUUACCGGCAGCUGCAAACGAUGCUGAACAUUACACGUGUCGCGAUGGCGCCAGGGGUACGGGCCACGUUCGAGGCACAUCGUGAGGAUACGCCGGAAGCGUUCGAAGCAUUUGUGGUGCAGUACUUUGUGGAGCUCGUGCGCGAACUGCUACAAUCCAAUGCCAUCGAGCCGGAUGGCAGCAGCAGUGAUCCUGUCCGUUUGGUUCACUUUUUCACCUUCAACAAGUUCAGCCUGCUGGAGAAAGUAAUAAGUCAGCUGGAGUUCGAUCAACAAUAGGUACGAUCGUGGAUCGUGGUUAAUGACGGACACUUUUUUGUGAAUAUAAUACCUCCUUCUCAUUCUC